AUGUUUAAUGCUGAUUGCGCACAAAUGAAAGAAAAAAAUAAAAAUUGUCGGUUCAUAUCGGUUUUGAUGGUAAUCAGUCGAAUAGAAAAUUUCACCUUUUCUCCUGUUGACGAAGCUUCGAUGUUUAAAAAAACGUUCAAUGGAUUAGUUGAAUCUUGUGGAUGGGAAAUGUCAGCUAAACUCGGAAAACUUAUGGAAGAUGUUGUUAAAGUAGAAUGA